ACGUCUCUCUCUCUCUCUCUCUCCUCUCUCUUAGGAAAGGUCUCGGGAUGACAACUUGCAGAGUUAUAACCCACUCGCCGCCGUGUCGAUAAGCAGGGAAUUGUAGAUGUUAAAAGGAGGAGAAGAAGAGUCUCGGAUGACCUUUAGUGUCGUUGCCAAUCCAGUUUUCACUCCACUUUAAUAUUCGCAUCGCUCCACCAAGUCAGAAAAGGGGAUCCGUGCGUCAGUGGGAUAAGACCCUUUCCACACUUCCUCACCUGAAGUGUCCCCUACCUUACCUUCCUCGGCCAGCGCGUGGAGAUAGUGGGAAGCCCGCUGAGCAGACUUGAAGAGCUUUAUUUGCCCGAGGCGGAGUGCUCACAUAAAGCCGGGUGAAGGACGUUGACAACUGAGAAGUGUGUACAUCAGCCAUGGGAGCCUCCAGCACUACUUCGAGGAAACUUCCUCUGCUCUACUUUACCUUUCUGUGCGCGCUCACAGGCAUAUGGGCCAACUUUUUAAUACCCCUGAAAAAUGUAGAAGUGAUCGAGGGUCAGUAUGUGGAGCUGCAGGCCCGGUACACUGGCGGCACCCCAAAUUCCAAGAGUAUCGCCUGGAACUUUUUGAUGCCUAACACCAGCCAGAUGAAGAUGAUAAUCUCCUACACCGAAAACACGGUGAAGGUGUUUGAGGGACAGUUUAACGGCCGUGUCGGUUUCUUACGUCAGAUGCCAUCAUCAGAUGUGUCGUUCUACAUCAACAACACCCGGGAGUCCGAUUCGGGAAGCUACAUCUUUCAGAAUGUUAAUGAUGGUAUUACUGAAACGGUUACCCUGGAUGUGAAAGUCCCUCCUUCUGUUCCGAAGUGCUCUAUGUCAGGGAAGCCAGAGGUAAAAGGAAAUGUUACUCUGAUCUGCAUGUCCAGCUCUGGGAAACCUAUCCCUUUGUACAAGUGGAAGAAAACCAGCCCCACCUCUGAGGUCUUCUUCUCACCCAUGCUCAAUGAGAAGACUGGCACUCUGAAGCUGAACAACCUGAGCAGCAACAUGUCGGGGAAAUACGUGUGCACAGCCAGCAACACGGUGGCAGAAAAGACCUGCGAAAUCGACCUGCACAUUACCAACUCCAAUAAAGUGGGGGUGAUUGUUGGUGCCACAGUUGGCUCAGUGGCUGGCUUCAUCUUCCUCCUUUUUGUGUGCCUCGCUUUUGUCUUCCUGAUAAGGAGAAGAAACAGCGAGGAUGACUUGGCCAAUGAAAUCAAGGAGGAUGCUCAGGCUCCCAAGCGUGUGUCAUGGGCUAAGAGCGGCAUGGGUUCUGACAUCAUCUCCAAGAAUGGCACCCUGUCCUCCAUCGCCUCCAGCCCACACCACAAAGAGUCCUCCCAUCACCACAACAACCACCACCACCACCUGCAGCAGUAUCCACAGCGCCCCCCCUCAGACACUGCAUCCAUCAUCACCGCCACAGGCAGCAAUGCCGGCUAUAGACCGUCCCGCCACCAAGGGGCCUCCACUCCCACCCAUUACAGCUACAACAACAACAUCACCCUGCCACGUGAACAGCCAUUGUCCCCCGAGGCCGGCAGCAAUGGCGGUUCCAUGCCCAGACCCGAGCGCUACACCCAGUUGCCCCAGGCACAGGCGCUGCCGCAAACGUACAACCAGCCUCGGCUGCAGCUCCAGACCGCUCCCUCCCCGCCACCACUACCCACCUCCACCAUCAUGGCCUCCAACAUCUCCCGAAUGGGAGGAGUGCCCAUUAUGGUUCCUGCACAGAACCAGGCCGGAUCUCUAGUCUAGCAUGAGCUAAAGGAAUACUGUCCCUUUACGUUCUCACAAAGGGUCAAUUGCUGAUUUUUCAAAGGGACUUUAAUAUUUAGCAAAGAAUUCAAAAUGAAAAGGUCAUUUACUGAUGCCAACAAGCUCUCAGACACACUGUUUACUUCCUUUAAAUAUACUUACUUAUAGUUCUUUUGUACUCUGUAUGCACUGUACACAUUUGAAACUAUGUAUAGAUAUGAUUUUCAUACAUUUGUCCAGUAUCCUCUUUUCUACUUCAUGGAUUUUAAUGUUUUCGUUUUUAAGAUUUAGAUUUUUAAAUGUAAUUUCUUCCAAACUGUUUUCCUCCUGCCAUUUAUGAACCGCAGCUGGAACCCCGUGUGUACUAAUCUCACGGGCAGAAAAAAAAAGAGCACCAGCAUGCUACACUUUAUCCAUUGUCUUUAUUUAGAGAAACUACCUGAAGGACUCAUAGGUCAUUACUGUUUAAGAAGGAGAAUGUUGCUCAUAAACACUGGGUUUAAUCUAUGUAUUAUUAACUCUAUUUCAGCACCAGACAUCAAAAAACAAUAUAAUGUGUUGUGUGAUAAAGUUUGCCUUUGCAAAAUAUCCUAAUCCUUUUUUUUUUGGCUUUGCUUCUGUUGGGUUUUCAACUUAUAAAAUGCUUUUAAACUCACUUCUUUAAAUACAGAUGAGCAAAAGCUUCUGUUAAUACUGAGCUCUGUUUAGGACUGCAGAGCAUUAAAUUUGCUUAUAUUCUUGAAUAGUACUAAUAACUAAUAAUUUAAAGUUGCCUGCAGCAUUCAAAUUGUAAAUAUGUGAAUUUUGGGGGUAAUUGGUAGCACAUUGUUGGGUGCAGCCUUUAUGGACAACAGAAACAGGCGAGCUGGAGGCCAUCACCUGAUGAAGCCAACAGGACCACAUCAUCUGCAAAAAGCAGAGAUGAGAAGUGGGAAUGAGAAUCAGCACCUCCAAGCUGUGGGUAGUGACGAAAGAAUGAGAUUGCGAAUACAAGCAGCGGAAAUGGGCUUCCUCCGAAGGGUGGCUGGCCUCUCCCUUAGAGAUAUGGUGAGAAGUUCGGCCAUUAGGGAGGGGCUCAGAGUAGAGCCGCUGCUCCUCCACAUCGAAAGGAGCCAGCUGAGGUGGUUCGGGCAUCUGACAAGGAUGCCUCCUGGGGGAGGUUUUCCGGGCAUGUCCCACCGGGAGGAGGCCCUGGGGCAGACCCAGGACACGCUGGAGAGAUUAUAUCUCUCAGCUGGCCUGGAAACGCCUUGGUAAGGCGUUGAUAAACUGGAGGAGGUGGCUGGGAAGAGGGAGGUCUGGGCUUCUCUACUUGGGCUGUUGCCCCCGCGACCUGGCCCCGGAUAAGCGGAAGAAAAUGGAUGGAUGGACGGCGAAACAGGGGACAUGUUUGCCUUUAUUACCACUUUGUGUUGGCAUUCUUUUGUAACUAAGUCAUCAUCUGCGUCAUCGGCAUAAAUUCAUUACAUACAUUCAUUAUUUGGACCUGUUCUUCUAGACUUGCGCAAAGAGCUUAUAGCAUUAGAGAAAGACACCCGGUGAUCACACAGUGUUGCACAGUGAGGAUAAAGCUCUCGCUUUUAACAAGAGGGAGUAGGAGCCACCUUCUUUGACCAGCAGUGGAUCAAGAAAACUGAAAAAAUAUACAACCGGCUAUCUGCCACAACCCAACCGGUCGUGGUAGAUGACCGCCCCUCCCUGAGCCUGGUUCUGCUGAAGGAUUCCUCCUGUUCAAAGGGAGUUUUUCCUUCCCACUGUUGCCAAAGCGCUUGCCCAUAGGGGGUCAUAUUAUUGUUGGGCAACUAACAAUAAUAUGACUUUCUCUGUAUUAUUGUAGGGUCUACCUUACAAUAUAAAGCGCCUUGAGGCAACUGUUGUUGUGAUUUGCUGUAUAAAUAAAAUUCAAUUGAACUGAAGAUCAAAAAGAGGCCACCAAAUAUAUCAGCUAGCAGCAGAGCACCGCUAUGCAUCGCAUCAGGAUUAGAACCAUAAGGCAGGUCUCCUUUCAAAAUAGUCCACCACACUUCAGUACUUAUGUAUUUAAACUCCUUGGAAAAAAAAAAAUUGUGGAUAUACAAUUGUGUAGCACAUUUGAAAAAAUUCUAUAGUUUCUUUACUUGAGUAUAUCAAGUAUUCACAUUCUACUGACAGAAAUAUUGGGGGAAAUGUUAACAAGCAUAAAGCGCACGAGAGUCUGUUUAGAAGCCUCGAGAUACAAUGUUAGGUCAGCAAAUUUGAGCCAUUUUAUGAAGUUUCAUUCAAUCUGAUGGAGUUUUUGGCUAAAAACCUAAAGACUCCAUCAACAUUAUUGCAGGACCAUCAGUCUUUCAGCAAUGUUGUUCUAUACGCUACCGAUAUUCCUGGAAUCUAGACCUCUUUAGACUUUCUUCAUGGACCUUGGAAGUUAACAAAUGUGUUUCAGUUUGCUUCUAAUCUGAAACGAAUAAACUAGAUUUGGUUCAGAGACUAUUUUCCAUUUCCAAAAUGUGUGGACAUAUUUUGAAUAAAAACUGCUGUGAGGGAGGCACUGUUUUGUAAAAAAUCACAUUUGUAAGAAUGUAUCCAAAUAGCUAAGGUCAUUUUAAUACACUGAAUGAUCCCAGAACUUCUUUUCAAAAGUUAAGAGCUAAAACUAUUUGUUAUGUUUUUACACGUUAGCGCUAUUUGUAAUGUCUGUUGUUACUGAAUAUGAUUUAGAUUUGGAAAAGAGAAGAAAGCGUGGUCAUAUUCUGCUGUAGUGUAAUUACACUGGAGCAUAUGUUUGUUAUUUAAGCUUUUUUGGUUAAUAUGCACAGAUAUUUUUACAAUUAUUUACAUGACAUUCUGAGAUGAAGGCUGAUGAUGUUGAAGGAAAACAUACUGUAAAAGCAUCUCAUGCAAACCACUUGAGAAUAUAAGCUCAAGACUAAAGCCAAGAUUUCAUGAGGGAAGUUGAAAGAAAAGAGGAAAUCUGUUUGCUGUGCAUUUAAGACUCUGUGUCCUUUAAAAGUGUACAUUAUGGACAUUCAAAUGUAUUCAACGCAAGCCUUUAUUUUUGUAUUGUACAUGUAUAAAAAGCACAUUAAGAAAAGUGAAAGAAGUGCUCACUAUCACACUGAGUUAUAAACCAGCGUGGAUUGUAUAACUGCUGUGGACAAGUUGGUGGCCAAACAAAUAUGCUUAUUUAUACAGACGGCCUAAACUGUAGACAAUAAUGUGCAGUGUGCACUUGUAUCUUCCAUAUUUAUGUUCAUUGAAAAUGCCUUGUAUUAUAUUUUCAAUUAAAAUUAAAAAAGAU